UAUUGAUUCCCUGUCUGUGGAUGGUGUUUUGACUAUUAUGAUCACACCAGAAAAUGAUCUUCCAAAACUGUUCAUUGUAGUGAAUGGUUACAAUUUAAUUGGAGAUCAAACAUCCACUUUGGAAUUGACUAUGGAGCAGCGUCGUCUAGAGAAUGUCCAAUAUCAGGAUAUGAUAAUCACAGUUGGUGCUUGGGAUGUUGAUGUUGAGGAUGUACUUACUUUGUUAUUUGAGAUGCCAUUGCACGGUGAGUUAGAAAUAACUGAACAAAAACGCAACUUUACUUUCGUUGAUGCAAACUGUACUGAUGAUAACAGAGACAGUGGUUCUAUAUGGCAGCCUGAGUGGACACUAUUAGCAUAUCCAUGUGAUAUGACAAACCCGUAUGAAAUAAGUCGACAAGCCUGGGUAGCAAGCCUCAUCAGAUACCGUCCCAACGAUUAUUACUAUGGUAAUGAUGAGUUAAAAAUCACCACAAAAGAUUUUCUUGGAGCGAACUCUGAGAUUGUGACUGUGAAAUUGUAUAUCAUGGAAAAUAAAUGUUCCCAAAACGGGAAAUGUGUUGGACCAGAGUCUGAUCCAGACUGUACCAGUGAGGCACGUAGUGAGGGAUUUGAUUCUUUGGGAUAUGCAUGCAAUUGCUCUAUAGGAUAUGAAGGAAAGUACUGUGAAAGUGACUUUGAUGACUGUGCUUCAAGACCGUGUCAAUGGAACUAUACUUGUAUUGAUCAGGUGAACAGCCAUGUUUGUUACUGUGAAAAUGCCAAUUGGCCAUGUGCACAGUUGUUGUCAACCGGCCAGAUUGUUGGUAUAUCCAUUGGUGUGAUCGUUUUUGUUGCACUGAUAGGUAUCAUGGUAUUGAUUAUAUAUAGCAAACAACGACAAAAAAAACAUGGAAAGAUCAAGAAGGAUAAAAUAGCUAAAUUAACAAGUCAGUCUCAGGCUGGUUCUGGUGAAAUCUUUCCUAGGCAUAAAAUGUGGUUCCAAGAUGGAAGACCUGAGAUGCCGCAACCGAUGACAACUUUCAAGAACCCAAUGUAUGGUGCCACUGUGACUGAUAGUGGUAUGCCCAGUAAACCAGAAGAUGAUAGAUAUGUGAAAUCACCUGCUGGUGGUCUUGCUAGCAAGGACCCGAAGAGAAGUUCUCAGAAAUCAGAUAUAUCCUAUGAGAAUAUUGGUUAUGAGACAUUCCCGGAACCCGAUUAUAAUAACUAAUGCAAUGUUUUCUACUGUAAUUCAAUGCAAUUAAUAUUUGAUUUCAGUGUAUAAAUAACCCAAUAUUUUAGCCAGAAUUUUCCAAGGAAAUUUUAUUCUUCUACUUGACAUUCAUAAAGGGCAAUUGGUGUUGUACCAUGCAUUAGCCAGAUUUGGGCCUCAUAUGAAGAAGAUUGUUGAGAUGCAAU